AUGCGCGGCGUGAGAGCCUCCAAAGCCCCCGUUGUUGUCAUUCUCGACAGCCACAUCGAAGUCAAUGAGGGCUGGCUGGAGCCGCAGCUGCAGCGCAUAAGAGAGUCUCCGAAGUCUUUUGUGUUUCCACAAACUCUGUCGAUAGUUUCCACGGACUUCUCGCACACGAAGGACUCGGGCAUAGGCUGCACCGUUUCUUUUGACUGGAACGUGCAAGAGAAGUCCCAGGCGUCGGGCUUUUGGGGAACUACAGAUGCCAUUCCCUCGCCCAUGCAUGGGGGAGGUCUCGUGGCAUUUCGAAAAGACACAUUUUAUGAAAUUGGGGGAUACGAUGAAGGGUUCAGUAUGUGGGGAGCUGAGAACGUGGAACUGAGUUUCCGCAUUUGGAUGUGCGGCGCCAGACUUGAAUGUGCUCCUUGUGCUGCUGUUUACCAUAUAUUCAGAUCGGGAGGCACUGGCUACCCUCUGCCCCCCGGCAGCGUGUGGAAGAACCGCGUGCGCACAGCUCAGCUGUGGAUGGAUGACUACUUCCCACUUGCUGCUGCUUUUAAUUCAUAUCAUUUGGCACAUCCAGAGCCUGACUUGCCGGAUAUGACAAAGAUGCAGGAGCUGAAGAAACGCCUGAACUGCAAGGACAUGAAGUGGUUUCUGAAAAACGUGGACACUAAACAUGAAUUCCAAGACUUAGACACUGCACUAGCGGGCUUGGGGGACAUAAAAAGCGAAAAAUAUCCUCAUCUUUGCCUGGAUUCUAUGGGGGAAACGGACGUGGGCAAAAACGUGGGGCUUUACAACUGCCACGGCCAACUGGGCAACCAGGGCUUCCUACUGGUAAACGAAAGCCACCACCUGCGGCUCAUGGGCAUUGGCAAAGUGUCGCGCAGCAGACUUUGCUUGACUCCUCCUGGGGUUUUGGAGAAAUGCACAAAACCCGAAAAAGUUAAUUUCAUGGAAUUCGACUCGGAAAAUAAAACCAUUAAAUGGACUCAAGAGGGAGAAUUCAAGAACCACUGCCUCACCAUAGAACAGGCCAAACCUGAUGGAAAGCACGAGCUGGCCUGGCGGCCGUGCGCAGUGGGGGGCACCAGUCAGCAGCAGCAGCAGCAGCAGCAGCAGCAGCAGCAGCAGCAGCAGCAGCAGCAGCAGCAGCAGCAGCAGCAGUGGCGGUGGCCGCCUUUCCCGUCUUCCCUGUACUCCCCCCGGCAGUUCCAAAAGGACUUCAAAGAACUCCGGACUCUCGAAGAGGCCCGGGACUUCGCCACGGAAAUCCGAAAUGCAAAACACAAAAACUUCUGCUUAGAUGCUUUGCAAAACCGCCAACACAACUCUCCACUCGGAGUCUUCUGGUGCCACGGCGCCCUCGGCACUCAGGGCUUUUCUUACCUUCCAGAAAAAGGCCUCCUUUUGGCCCAAGCCAGAGGCAGCAAUGAGGCCCCUUUGCUUUGUGUGGGGCCCCCCGGCAGCCUCUACUCCUGUACAGACACCCCAAAGGCAGCAGGAAUCUACAUUACUCCUUCAGGCCAAAUCAAGUGGCGCUCGGGGGGCCCCCAAGGGGCCCCUGGGGGCCCCCAAGGGGCCCCUGGGGGCCCCCAAGGGGCCCCUGGGGGCCCCCCAGGGGCCCCUGGGGAGCAGCAGCUGCCCCGGGGGGCCCCUGCAAGUGGAGCAGCAGCGGCUGAAGAGGGGCCCCAGGGGGGCCCCCAGGGGGUCCCCCAGGGGGCCCCUCUUGCUGCAGAGGAGGACUUGUGCCUUACUGUGGUGAUGGCUCCAAACAUUCCAAUUUCUAAGGUGAGGCAAAAGGGGGUUUAG